CUGUACGGUAUUUGACAUGCUGCAGUUCAAAAUACUUCGUAUGAAGUCCAGUUUUUCAAUCCAGUUUUCAAAUUGUUUUGAUUUCGUUGUCUACCAUACGGUAGUAGUUUGGUACCUGUACUGGAACCGUGCGGCUAAUUAUGUCUCCGCAUGGCUCGAUUCUUUUCGACUGAACACACUAUCACCAGUACAUCUUCGUCAACUCCCGACGACGACGACGACAACAACGGCAACGGCAACGGCAACGGCAACAACACAAAGGAAUCCGCACCCACAACUCCCGAAGAAACCAUGCAUGCUGCCCACCGGAGGCACUCCGCAACCGCUGCUGCCGCGGCUCCGGGUGGUGGAAAGAAAGCACCCGCCGAGAUCGGUGGUUCACCGCCCAGCCACCGCCGGCGCCGGACCGGAGCCUCCCGCAACGACCACCACGCCGACGGAAACCCCCGCCACCAAUCCCCCGUGGAAUCCUCCCCGAACAGCAAAACCAAACUCCCCCGGGGCUUCUGGUCCAGCCUAAAGCGGGCGGUAGGAAGCGGGGACAAGGGCCACCCGGCCGGUGCCAACGGCAGCACCGGCAGCGGCGGGGACACCCUCCUGCCCACGACGUACAGCGGGACCCACGGCUUGCACGGGGGGCGGGCCACGCAACACCGGAUGCCGGUGAUUCCCCUCUGUGGGAGCGGCAACGGGAACUCCUUCCUGAUGGGGGGCGUCGACAAGCGCCGCUUCCGGCGACGGAGGUCCCUGGUCUAUCGGGUCUUCUGGUCCAGCCCCCCCAGGAGGCUCUGCGUGGCCUUUUUCCUCCUGUACACCGCGGUCUACCACGUGCUCGUCCCCCUCGGGAACCUGUGCCUCUCCGGUCCGCCUCUGGCCGUGUGGUGGCACCUGCCCACGGCCGGUCCCAACGGGGAGGCGAUCCUAGAACGCCUCGCUCCCCCGGGCGGGGGGCACCGGUGGUCCCUGCCGUUGGCGCGGCGGGGCCAGGGCCGUCUGGUGGAGGAGCGGGCCAGGCUGCGGGACGGCGGCAGCGGGUUCGGCCUCGAGCCCCGCGGGGCCCUCCUGGAAGCCAUUGCCCCCGAGUGGCACCACCGGUGGAGAAAGGCCGUGGGGGACGGCGACGGCGGCCGAACGAGCUCGAACGACAACAACGACGACGGAGCGGACGGAGACGAUGCCAUGGAGGAGGCUCCGGUCGGGGACCACGGCGAGACGGAUCGCGCCAAAGAAACAGAAACAGAAGCCAAAAACGAAAACGAGAACGAGGCCAAGAAAGACAACAGCGCUAACGAAGCUACUGCUCCACCGUUGAAGAAAAUACGAUACCACAAGGCCGUCGACAGCCCCAGGAGCACCAAUGGAACCACCCGGAGACUUCUCGAGGUUGUGGGCGGUACCGCGGCGGAGCGAGACAGCGGAAAGCCUUCCGAUUCGCCCUCCCUCCCGCUUCGGACCAUCCACAACCAGCACGAGCUGGCCGGCCCGUACUCGUCGUGCGGGACCCACCAAGCCCGGCAAGCCACCACGCUGGUGGUCCAGACGAGCAUCGACCGCAUGUGGAUCCUAAAGGAAACCUGUGCCCGCUGGUCCACCGACCCCAUCGUCGCGGUGGUCUUUGUCCCCCACGCGUCGGCAUACGGGGGGGGCAGCGGGAACGGCGAGUACGCGAUGCUCACCGAUCUGCUGGACCGGACCGAGAAGCAGCUCGCGCCCGCCGAAACGGACGAGUCCCCCUGCCCGCACCUCACGAUCGUCCGGUACCUGGCGGACGCCGCCGAGAGCCGGAACGGCCGGUACCCGGUCAACCGGAUGCGAAACGUCGGACUGGACCUGGUAUCCACCAGCCACGUCAUGGUCAUCGACGUCGAUUUCCUCCCGUCGAACGGCCUGGACCGGUUCCUGGGGGACUGGCUGGCCACUGGUCGGGGCGGAGAGAACCACCGCAGGCCCCCCGCCGUGGUGGUCCCGGCCUUUGAGCGCAGGGCGCCGAGCGGCUGCGAGGGCCGGGCCACCAUCGCGGAGACCGCCUCCUGCCUGUCCAAGUUCCUGAGGGAGGACGGGGGCUUUCUGCCGAGGACCUUCGGCGAGCUCUCGGACUGCUACUCGGAGGAGGACUGCGUCGUCUUCCAGAGCGAGUUCAACUGGGACGGCCACUCGACGACGCGGUCGAGCGAAUGGCUCCAGAGGAAGUGGUACGAACCGGACGGGGGCGAUGAAACCGACGACAACAACAACGAUGCCGACGCGGAUGCGGAUGGACACCGACGAGCCUUUCGCAAGAUCCCCUGCUUUCACACGGCCCGGUACGAGCCCUACGUGGUGCUGGAAUGGUGCCCCCUUGCGGGCGGCAACGCCGCGAACGAUGCCUCCCGGCCGCUGGCCCCGUACUACGACGAGCGCUUCUACGGGUACGGAAAGAACAAGAUCGAGCUGGUGAGCCACCUGCGGCGGUCGGGCUACGAAUUCUCGGUCCUCCCCGAGGGCUUUAUUGUCCACAACCCGCACCCCGAGUCCGCGACGAAGGAAACCUGGAAGCGAAACGGAAGCGGCGCCGAACCGAAGGACGGCCCCGGAACCACCGAGAAGCUGCACUCGGCCAUGGACGCCCUCUACCGCGAUUUCAUGAAGGAGCUGGAUGCCAUGUACCGGGCGGACCGGGGGGACGCUCUGAAGCUCUGCCAGAAGGGGCACCGGUGAGCGGAGAGACACGCAUUGAAAUAAAACGCAACGCAAUACAAUACAAUACAUUAC